UUGAACACAUGUUGAGUUCAUGGACUCUCCUACACUCAGUUAUGAUUGUCUUUCUACUUUACCUCAUGGAAAUUUUUCAUCACUUGAGAUCUCUACAUGGAUGUGUGACAUUUCUGCUCAUCACAACAAUCAGCAAGGGGUCAGCAUGUGAGGCUCCGUCCAGUCCUCAGUGCUUCCGACAAAAUGAGGGCAUGACUGUUUACAUCUGUGAAUGGGACUUCAGCACAAAUGAAACUGAUGUGGCAUUCGACCUUUACUUUAACGACACUUUUGGCAUUAAAACAAAAUUUGGGAAAAUUAAGGAGAACCGCACAGAGCUGAAUGAGGAAGAACUGAUAGUCGGUUUUAAAGUUGACAUCUGGGUGGAGGCCCAUGCUGGAAGCUCCAUCUGCACCUCAAAUAUAACGUCUGGGAUACUGAGUGACACAGUUAAAUAUGAAGCACCACAAAAUAUAAAUGUGUCCUGGUUGGGAAAAAACCUCAGCUUAAGUUGGCAGUCUGACUUUCCAUCUUUAGCUGAGGUCUCUUUAAGGAAAGAUGGGGACCAGACAGAAUUAUGGGAAAAAAGAAUAAUGAAUACCACCAAUGAGGCUUCGAUACAAAAGCUGGUCAUUGUGAAUCUUCAGAAGAAAACAGCUUAUCAGGUUCAAAUCCGACACCGGUCCAACCAAGCUAAAACCUCACUGUGGAGCAACUGGUCACCAGCUGUGAUAGUUCCUGCAGAACUUGAAGAUCGUCCUAAAGUCAACAGCACAACAACAGUUUUAAAUGACACUCGACAGGUGACGCUGACGUGGGAGACUCAUUCAGCAGCAGUCAGAGGUCUGACUUACACUGUGAACGUCACACAGUGUUCCCUAAAAUGCCCCUGUAAGAGGAAGAGUCACAGCACCAGAGCAAACAGCUACACCGUUUAUGUGUCACACUCAGCUGUCAACAUCACUGUUAUUGCCAGGAACGAAGCAGGGCACUCUCCUCCGGCAGUUGUGCACGUACCAGUUGCCUCUGCUGCAGAUUUAAAAACUUGUGACAAAACAUUGCUGGAUGAGAAAUUAAAGACGAAAACGUGCCUCGAGUUUUACGAGCUCCAAGAUGCUGAUUUAAUACCAGAAAGAGUGUGGUAUAUAACUGGAAAGAAAAGGAAAAAGGAAAUAAAGAAAAUAAAAGGAGACAUGAAGAACUACACACGCUACCUUUACUUUGAACACAGAUGUCAUGAUGGCAAACCACAGACGGUUAAAAUGUGCCUCUACUAUAAGAGACAGGGUGUGCCAAGCAGAGAGCCACAGAACCUCAUAAUUGUUUCUGACACGCACAACUCUGCUAAUCUGUCCUGGAAAGAGAUUCCGUAUGCAGACCUCAAUGGCGUCCUCACACACUACAAAUUAUGUACUGUAAAAAGUUUGCAGUCCGAACCACAAGAGUGCGUCAACAUAUCAGCAUCAGCGACGAAACACUGUCUGAAAGCUUUAAUGCCGGGAACCACAUACAACGUCAGCCUAGUCGGCGUGACACAAGCAGGAGAAGGGCCUGUAGCUAUACAGGGUUUUACCACAUUGCCAGAAAAGCCUUUCAAUGUGUGGAUAAGUUUUGGAUUGCUGCUUGGGUUUUUCCCCUUCUCAAUAGUUUGCACCAUUAUCUUAAAGAGAAUCAAAAGUAAGGUCUUUCCACCUGUGCCAAAACCUGUUAUACCAGACUUCAGUUGUCGUCAACCAGAGAGCGAGGAGAUGUAUGAGAGAAAAGAGGAAGUACACAAGCUCACGCUGCACCAGCCCAUUUCAGAGAUGGCCACUGUCUUUAAAGGGGAAUGGGAUGAUGGGAUCGAGCGGAAGGUGGAGACAAACGGGAGCUGCUUAGAACGAUCUGACGACGAGAGCUCGAGUCUCGCUUCAGCAGAUGUUACUCGGAGAAAAGCAGAUCUGAAGGACCUGGAACAGGUGGAAACUGAGCUGGCCAUGCUGAUAUACAGGAACGGUUUGGUGUUUGAUGUCAAGUCAGAAUCAUUAUGAAUCACUGACUGUUUAACUGCCUCAACAGCACAAAGCUGUACAAGCACUGGGACUUAGUUCCUGUUAAGUGCUUACCUCUGUAAAUAAAACGAUGUAUGCAAAUGUGCACUUUUUAUUUAAAUCACUUGUGUUUUUCUUUUUUGUCUGCUUUGUGUGUAUUUGCUGGAAGUCAUUCAUGUUCAACUAAUUAUAUAAAUUCAAUAAGGGGUCAUUACUGUACAGGAAAGCAGAAGAAUUAACUACUGUUUCAUAUUUGCACAAUGUCAGUUAAUACAGUGCCACUUUGGCAUUUAUCAUGUUUUGUUGCCUCACAACAUGGAAUUAAAAUGGAUUGUUUGAAA